GAUAAAUCAACAGGUACUCAACCCCUGUGUGAUAACAAGAUUGUUAUUGAAAAGAAUUAUAUGAAAUAUUACAGUAAAUUAGUGUAGCAAAAAGGACUUAGCUAGUUUUGGAUGUGCCGAUUUCGAUAGACAAUUAAAAUCAGAAUGGAGAGCAUUAAAAGACCAAAGACAAUAACUCUUUCAUUCAAUAAUGAUGAUAGCUGUAUUGUUGUUGAUAAUGAAGUUCCAAAGACACACAGAAUUAAUGAAAUGGUUAUUGACUUAACGGAAGAUUCUAGUCAGGGAGACACAGAAGAAGAAAUGCCGGUGAUUCCCCAAAAUGAUGCACAGCCUAAGAAAGCACUCAAAACAAUAGAAUUUAAUAUGAGUGUUAGUGACUCCGUGACAUCAUCAAAUAUACCGAAAGAAAAUCCCUUUUUGAAAGUUUUUAAAAGUAAUGAUAUUAACAAUAAUCCAUGCAUUAAUCAACAGCCAACAUGCUCAAAAUAUCUUACUCCAUGUAUCAGCAACUUCCUUGACACUCCAAAAGAUCAGAAAACUAUAAAAGACCUAAUUGACAAUUCUGAAGACUUUAUUUGCUCGAUUUGCCUUAACUUUAUUUUUAAAGGAUGUGGAGUUACAUUGAAGGCAUGCAUGCAUACUUUUUGUCGGCAAUGUCUAGUUCAGGCAAUUCAUAAUAGACACGACGAAAUGACUGGAUUUGUAAAGUGUCCAUUUGAAGCAGAGAACUGUGAUAGCAAUUUAAAUGAAAAGGAAAUUAAGGAACUGCUUGGAACUAGCUAUGAAGUUUUCCAGGAACAAAUUAAAUAUAAUGUUGAGCAAUUUUUGGAAACUGAGGCACGAAAACAAGAAGAAUCAAAAUCAGAGUCGUUAAUACCAGCUUUGCUAGGCAUGGAUCUGGAUUUUAUUCCAAAUAUGAAGCCAUUCGAGUGCCAAGUUUGUUUUGAUCAGGUUGAAACUGGCAACGGAAUAACACUGCAUAACUGCCUUCAUGAAUUUUGCAAAGAGUGUUUAAGUGGACAAAUUGAAGCAGCUGAAGAUUUUGAAGUAAAAUGUCCAUUGCAUGACAUAUCAUGCAAGGAAUAUUUAAGAGAAAGAGAAGUUAAAGCUCUCGUAUCGAAUGAAGUUUUUGAAAAACAUCUCCAAAAGUCCCUUAAAAUUGCUGAGCAUGGAAAUGAGCUUGCAUUCCAUUGCCGUACACCUGAUUGUCCAAUUUUCAUGGAAAUUGUAGAGGAAGUUACCAGUUUUCAAUGUCCAACUUGUAAGAAAGUUAAUUGCAUUAAAUGCAAAGCUAUUCAUGAAGGCAAAACAUGCUUGGACUAUCAAGAAGAGGUAAAUCCACAAAUGAAGACCGAUCGACUGCAUAAUGAAAAUUUCCAAUCUGAGGAUGCAAUUAAGCAGUUGAUUGCAACAAAUCAGGCAAUGUACUGUCCAAAGUGCUCGAUUCCUGUGAUGAAAAUUAGUGGCUGUGAUUUCAUUUCCUGUUCUGCAUGCAAAUUAGGAAUUUGCUGGGUCACUAAAAAGCCACGUAAUGACUUACAGAAGGCUGAUGGAACUAUAAUUCAAGGUUGUAGAUGCAAACAACCUCCUACCAAUAAACCAUGUCAUCCAAAUUGCGGAAACUGCCAUUAAAUAUUUGUUAAAUGCAAUAUGUAUUGAUAAAUUUCUAUAACAUUAUAAUUACUGAAUAAAUAUUUUUACAGUUGAA